UACGACAGUAUUAAAUAAGCAGUAGGGAGCAGUGGAGAGACGGAAAAAACAAAACAACUCACUGCCCAUCCAUCUUGACUUGGAUAAAGACGGUUCUUUCCAGCCGCCGAGUAUUUUAGUAAUGUCCAAAACUAUUUUCGUAACAGGAUUCGGACCAUUUGCUGGCCACGAAGAGCGGAACGCCAGCUGGGAAGCGGUAAAACUGCUCCCCGACAGAUAUCUGUACAAAGGAAUUAACUAUGUGGUAAGAAAGUUGGAAAUUCCAGUUACUUACGAAGCAGUGAACGCCGUUGUGCCGAAGAUCUGGAAUGAAAAACCGGCGCUCGUUAUCCACGUUGGGGUGCAUGGACGAAUCGAAACCAUUAAUUUGGAGAAAUGUUCCUACACGUCUGGCUACUGUCGGCCCGAUUUUUCCAACAAAUGUUUGCCCUGCGAUAAGAUAACAUUAGCGAAUGGUGGUGCCAAGUGUGAUUUGCUGGAAACAAACCUGGACGUGGAAUCUAUAGCUUCCGAACUGAGCAUGGUGCGUUGCUGUUGCUCGACCGAAGUCGGUAACUACCUGUGCGGAUACAUCUACCUCAAAUCGUUGGACUUUGAUCGCGAUCGGUCACUGUUUAUCCAUGUGCCGGAUAUCAACAGACCGUACAGCUCGGCCCAGACGCGAGACGCCAUCGCUCAAGUUAUGGACCGUUGCAUCCGUCAGUUGGACGGCAAAGGAUUGCUUUGAACCUUUGAAUGUUGUACUGGACGUUCGGAUUAAAUAAUGCUACAUUGUACUAACACCGGAUUUUGUUUGAUAUUAUUUUAACUUCUAAUAAAGAUGUACUGAUUUUAUCUAACCACUUUUA